GACUCCUCGUCCCUGCCGCUGCCCCGACAGCCGCAUACAGGGCAGUGGCAGGGCCGUGUGUGCUUCCAAAGCCCUGCAGGGGACAGGGGAACAGAAGGAGACUAAAAAGCUGCGGCUGUGGGAUAAGGCUGGAUAUUUCUCAGGAGAAGUUUUGAUCUCCAGAACCGAUGGCUUUUCUUAUUUCACUUAUCCAAGCCGUGUUUAGGCACCCGGUCAGCAUCAAACUUACUGUCCGCCGUCAUUUUUCCCAUGUUCGUUUUUUUCUUUUUGAUCGCCUUAAGUUCUGGAUGAUAUGACUAAAAUUUAUAGUCUGUUCUCAAACAUCUGGCUGUGGCGAGCUGUUGCUUGUGUCCUUACUGCUGCUGUCAUUUUGAUUUCAUGUAUUCAAUUUGUAAACCCUCCUCCAGCCAAAGACCUUCCUGUGUGCCCUCCCCUGGAGCUGUGUCCACCAGGCUGGCUGUACUUCCAGAAGAAGUGUUACUACCUCUCAGACAGUGAAGCUGACUGGAACUCCAGCCAGAGCAACUGCUCUUCCCACAACGCUUCCCUCCUGGUUAUUGAAAAUCCUCAGGAGCUGAAUUUUAUGAUGAAGAUAACAAAGCAAGACCCAUGGAUUGGACUCUAUAAAAGAAACGAGGAGUUCUUUUGGGUAAAUGGAAAACCAUUAGACAAUGAACUGUUUGAAGUAAAAGGCUCUGGAAGCUGUGCCUAUCUGGAGUCCAAAGGAGUCUCAGUCUCAGGAUGUUAUUUAACCAGGAAAUGGGUCUGUAGCUUGAAUAUCAACUCAGCACAAUAACAGUGGACAAAGCCACCAGCCCUGACACUCAGAGCUCUGAUAUGAUGCCUACACAGGCUAUGUCUAAACUUUGGGACCCAGGAAUGUGUCCCAGCUCUUACCUGCAGAUGAAUGACUUUUUUGGUAGCCAGAAUUCUCCACCCAAGGAGGAAGUCUUUAAAGAUACAGUUUAAAAGGCUCUCUUCAGCAUCUUGAUAAGUCAUUUCCUUGCCCCAUUUUUCCAGCUACUGCUCAGCUGUAGUUUCUUUUUGUUGUGCCAUCAGUAUUUCUUCCAUUUACUCUUCUCUUGUAGGAGCAGCUGCUCUUUUUCUCCCUUUUGGGUAUGCAGCUGGAGGUUUCUGUUCUGCUUUUCCUUUUGCCAGGCUCUGUGUGCAGGGAUGGGUGGUGAAGUAGGUUUGUCUGGAGGGCUGCCAGUGCCUCGUGGAUACAGGGCAAUGCAGAAGUGAACACUGUUGUUUCAGAGAGGAUCACAGCAAAUUCCUCUCUUUCCAUUUGAUGGGAUGCACCUUGCACUGUAUUCCAUGUUUUGUUAAUGUUACGUUACUUUAAUUUUGUUAAAUCUUGGUGAUAACACUGUCAAGGUAACUUGUGUAGCUGCACUGCACCUGAAAUUAUUCUCACAACACUUUCUUUAGGCAAAAGAAGGUCACAAGAGAUAAGAAUAUUUAUUUACCUGAGCAUCUGCACUGAUGGGGGGGAGAAGAGUUGGAAGAGUGACAGUGAAGCCGCAGGCAUUCAUGUAUAAAGAUGAAAAUAGACCUUGGUGCAAGGAGGCAAAAUCAGGAGAAGGGAAUGAGAGAAUUAACAUCAAUGGAUGUUUCUCUGUGUUUUCCUCAUGCCCUGUGCCUGUCAUGGUGUGAGGCUUCUGAGCAAGGGGGACAUUUCCAGAUGGACAGUCAGUGUUUCCUUGUGUGGGUGGCAUUUUCAGCAGCAGCCUCCAGUGCUGUUGGAUUGCUGGGAGCCUGAACAGAAUUAGGGCUCAAUCCCUCUGAUUGUCUGAGUCCCACUCAUGUCUAGCAGGUCAUCCAAAGGUUAAAAGUGUCGUUUCACCCAGAGGAAGAAAAUUUUCCUGGAAAGAAUGUAACUAUCAAGUUUCUAGAGAAGGAAGAAUAGGAAGUUCACCUUCAUUAUUUUCUGUGACAGGACUUGACUGUAGCAGGACCAUGCACUGUCCAUGGGCAUUUCAGCAACUUGUGACUUUCAGAUGUUUAUUUAAAUAUAAUCACUAAUUUUUCUGGAUUACCCUUUUCUUAAUUGCUUGCAUUCUUUAUAGGCACAGUAACAGGACUCUACAUUAUGAAAAGCCCAAUUAUGUAUUAAUUUACAUGUUGGGGGGAGGGUGUUCUGCAAUGUUUUUAAAUUAACCUGAUUCUGAAGGAUACGGUAUGUGCAAUAGUCCUGAAAAGAUACUUAAUAAAUAUCUUUACAGACCCCCUGAA